UUGAAAAACUUCCAGUCAUUAAUCUCUGUGCGUCUGCUCUUCAGUCUUCUCAUAUAUCUUUUAAAUGCUUGUUUUCUCAUCAAAAACUUGGACGGAAACAUGGGAUCUACACCAGUCAAUCGCAACCAAAUCAAGUCUAGAUACUACACCCAUGGCCGAAGCCGAUCUAGCGAAGAGUGGAGAUCCAGCGAGCCACAGUGCAUCCCCGGGGGAUACCUCGUCCCUCGAAGGUUGGAGGCAGCCUUGAGAGAAAGAUGGCCCAACCAGUAUGUUGUUGAGAUGCGCUCAAAUAUAUACCGCAUCCGAGCGCCGGGCAAGCUCACUGAUGAGGAAAUCAGCACAUGUUAUUCAUGGGUUUACUAA